AUGUUCGCGCAACAUAUUAUAUUCCUCGUCCUCUUAAUAAACUACAGCACACCUAAAGAGAAUGCUGUAUACCAAGUCUCGGGAAUCCAGAUAAUAGACCUGAUCCGUGGGUUUAAACCAAAGGAAAUGUUGAAACUAACCAAAGUUGAAGGAGGCCCAUCCAGUUUACCUGACGGAAUAUACUUCGAGCCGGAAGAUGACGCCUUGAUGCCUGAAGAAAUGAAGUUUUUAUAUUUAAAUGGACAGGAAACAAAAACGAAAUCGAAAAAACUUGAUGGAAUCACGACAGACGAUUAA